GCUCCAGGAAAAAGUGCAACAGCACCUCUGCUCAGGAGGGAGCAUUUAUUGAGCUCCAGCUGUGCCCUGGGGUUCUUACUCAGGUCUCCUACAUUUAACCGCCCAAGUUCCUUGAUGGCCCUUGGCCGGGAGAGCCUCCAGCCCUGGCGGGGUUCUAGAUCUCUGGAGGCUGGGCCUAGGGAAGCAGGAUGGAGGUACCAGAGCCCAGCUCCGACCACCAGGGUGGCAUGGGCCCCCGCAGACCGUCGGUCGGAGAAGGACCACGCAAGUGUAGACCCGCGGCGCCCAGCACCUACCCUAGUGGGUACGUUGCCUUCUUAGGCGGGGUGCUGGCUCCUCCCGCGGCAGCCACGCCCGCAGUAGCCAGUCUUGGUCCCUUUAAGAGGCGCCGACCUGCCUGCCUUCCUGCCUGCCUGCUGCCUCCGCCAUGGCCGCGCUGCAGCUGGAGGACAAGCUGACCUGCGCCAUCUGCCUGGGGCUCUACCAGGACCCGGCGACUCUGCCCUGCGGCCACAACUUCUGUAAGGCCUGCAUCCAGAACUGUUGGCGCAGCUGUCAGAAAGAGUGCCCCGAGUGCCGCCAGCCCUUCCCGGAUGGCGCCGAGCCGUGCCGCAACGUGGCGCUCAGCGACCUGCUGGAGAUGCUGCGCCCCGGCCCCGGCGCUGGCGCGGGCCCCGGCGCGGGCCCUGGCGCGGACCCCGGCGCUCGCGCGCGCUGCCCUCACCACGGACGUCCCCUCGAGCUCUUCUGCCGCACCGAGGGCCGCUGCGUGUGCAGCGUCUGCACGGUGCAGGACUGUGGCCUCCACGAGCGGGCGCUGCUGGAAGCCGAGCGCCGCGAGCGCGAGGCCCAGCUGAGAGCCAAACUGGAGAUCACCCAACAGCAGGCCACUCAGGCCAAGGCCCAGCUCCAGGAGCUGCAGCAGCAAAGCAGCCAGAUCCAGAGCGCGGCCUGCACUCUGGCCUCAGUGGUCUCUGGCAAGUUCAGCUGCCUGCUGCAGGCCCUGGAAAUGCGGAGGGCCUCGGCGCUGAAGGGCAUCGAGACCUCCAAGACACAGGCGCUGACACAGGCCAGGGAAGAGGAGCAGCGGCUGCACAACCACCUGGAGGCCCUGGCUCAAUAUGGCCACAGGGUCCAGGGUCUCCUGGAGCAAGUGGAUGACCAGACCUUCCUGCAGGAGUCACAGCUGCUCUUUGAGCCCCCAGAGCCCCUUGGGCCACUGACCCCUCCACAGUGGGACGAAGACCAGCAGCUGGGUGACCUAAAGGAGUUGCUGAGCCUGCUAUGUGGUCUUCUCCUGGAAGAGGGGAACCCCCCCAGGGUGCCAGCCAAGGCUGCUAACUCGGGCCCCAUGGAGGUCCCAGGUCCCCUGGCACUGGUCUCAAGCACACCGAUGUGUCCACUGAGGAGGAAACUCUGGCAGAAUUAUCGCAAUCUCACCUUUGACCCAGAUAGUGCCAACCGCCACUUGCGCCUGUCCCACCAGAACCAGCAGGUGAAGCACCAUCGCCAGCCCCGGGGGCCAGCGAGGCCAGGCAGCUUUGAGCUCUGGCAGGUGCAGUGUUCCCAGAGCUUCCAGGCUGGACGGCACUACUGGGAGGUGCGUGCUUCUGGCCACUCAGUGACCCUGGGUGUCGCCUACCCAGAACUGACGCGACACAAGCAGGGAACCCACACAGACAAUAUCGGCCGUGGGCCCUCCUCCUGGGGCCUCUGUGUGCAGGAGGACAGCAUCCAGGCCUGGCACGAGGGAGCGGCCCAGCGCCUCCCCAGCUUGUCUGGGCGGCUCGUGGGCAUGGAUUUGGACCUGACCUCAGGCUGCCUCACCUUCUACAGCCUGGAGCCGCAGACCAAGCUCCUGCACACCUUCCAUGCCCUCUUCAGUCGGCCCCUUUGUCCGGUUUUCUGGCUCCUAGAGGGCAGGACCCUCACCCUGUGCCAUCAGCCUGGAGCCAAGCUCCCUCCAGGAUCCCAGGGAGAGACCUCAGGUUUCAACUGAGGAAGGCACAGGAUGGAACUCUUGGCUAGGGACAGGUGCCACUGUGCCUUGUAUGCCCAAGUGCAGCCCAGCCUCUGACCUGGGGACCUGAGGCCAGAGUUCUAGAAGGACUGGACAUUGGCCUCAAUGAACUCAGAGGCAGGCAAUGGGGAGCCCAAACUGAGUUUACUUUUCUAGCUGCUUUGAAGGGAACAGGGACCAGAAGGGGAUAAAAUAGGAGCCCUUAGUCCUGAGCAGAACCUAGUUCUUAGCAUUACCUGGGCCUCACAGACUAGAGCAGUGCCCAUGGUACUCCUGGCCUUCCAGAGGAGCACAGGUGACCAAAUAAGAUCUAUCAGCCCUAGUUUACCUUCCAGGAGACCAUGCAGACAAAAAAGCAGUCCCCACGAAGGCAGGUGAACCACAAAUGACUCCAAGAAACAGUCUAAUGACUAUCAAAUUUAUUUACCCAUUAUUGAACAUUUAAAUCGUUUUAUUUAUGGCUAUAAAAAUGUUACUGUGAUGAAUACUUUUAGCAGGAAGUUUUGGCCAUAUUUAGAGUUAGGUUAAAUUCCUAAAGUAGAAUUGUUUGUCAUAAGACAACAUUUUUUUUUUUUUUUUUUUUUU